AUGCUGACGCAAGACUCAAACGCAACAGCUACUUUCAAUUUCACUGGCAUUGCUAUUUACUUCCUCUCGCCACUCUGGCCUUACAACGUCAGCACUGCAGUAUCUCUCGAUUCAGCACCCGCGACACUCCUCGACCUAGUCGACCACAGUCGGCCCAACAUAGGUACUGGGCCAGAGACUGUGCAAUCCCACGUUGUCUGGAAUGCUACGGGCCUGACAAACAUACAGCAUACACUGCGAAUAUCUGUUGGAGCUGGGCAGUCUUUUGCAAUAGUUGACGGACUCAUCUACACCGACACAAGCUCACCGACGACUACCACCGACCGCGUCAUUGCCUCAUCUACGGCAGGCCAAACUACGGAAACGUCAUCAUCUUCUAAACCCGCCCUCCCAAUCGCUCUUGGCACUGUUCUAGGUCUCCUCGGCCUGCUACUCAUAUUCCUCGCGUUCUGGUUCUUCUUUAGGAAGAGAAGACGGCCCAUGUCAGAGGCAUGGACGGUUUCCGGUUCAUCCGUCGCCGGUCGAGCACCACCACCACCACCGGGAACUGCAGCUGCCUACUGGAACGCGACAACUGGGAACCAGGGUUACGCCAUGAGACAGGCGGGCGACGGGACAUGGCAGAACACGCGUUACGGGCACGUCGGGAUGGCACCACCACCUAUGCCGCCCCAGCCUAUGUACGGGUACAACGCCUACCCGUACGGUGCCCCGCAGAUGAGCGGUGCACCUAGUGCGUACCAUCCGCCGCAAGGCCAUGCACCGAAUCGAUACCUGCCCGGCGAUACGCUCUCUACGAUAACCGAGCGCUCGACACCGCAGAUGAGUGAAGGACGCACACCUCUCGUGAAUUCGCCUGCUUCGCUCCAGAGCGAGCUGGGCUAUUACACUGCCCCAGCGUCGGAAGCAGCAGGCUCAACGAUGAGCAACGAUGCACGAGGAGGCUAUGGUGUCCAGAUCGAGUCCAAACACAAAAUUCCGGAUUACAGUAGGCCAUUAAACCAAGCAGGUACACUUGGACGUUCGGCACAGUCGUCCGGCUGGAUAUGA